AUGAGAUCUUUGAAGAUGAAUCUGGUAAGGGGAACGGGAACUGCUUCUACGAGUCAAAGUCUAAGUCCACCAGCAAGGAGAAGAAGAAUUGAAACGGGGGCACAACGCGAGGCGCUUUCGCGUUCAUCGCCUUCGCAUUCAUCACCUUCACCCUCGCAUAAUUCAUCUCGGGAUCGUUUCAGUCGUCUCACUACUUCCCUACAAGGGCGUUGGCGACCCAAUAGUAGAAGCAGACCAUCUAAUAUCGGUGGUACGACAUCAAUCUUUACGGGCGGGACAGCUUUGCGUGGUGGACUUCGAAGGACAUCAGCAGUUGUUAGGCACUCACCUUUGCGAGGAACAGCCAGACCACCAGCACAACGCGACCAUCUUUUGCCGCAGCAAGGGGAAGACAGCUUUGGAGAAGUUCUAUUGCCGCCAGACCAAACGUAUAUGAGCAACAACCAAGCAGCAGAGCAAGAAAGAGCUUCGAAACAAGCACAGCUCAGAUACGAUCGCGAGAAGGCGAGCGCCAUUAGUAAAGCUCAAAAGUAUGAACGCGCGUUACAAAGUGCGUUUGGACGCCUGAGGUCGCCCAAUCGCGACUUGCGUCAUCGUUUUGUGGAGGAUUUCAUGGCGGCCCGUGAGACCUUCGCGCAAGAGGAGAAAUCUGAAAGGAGGAGGAAGAUGGUGGAAGCGGCCAAGUUAUCCUCAAACAAGUCUAGUCCUCUUACAAGUGCAGGUCAUCUUCGUCGUGCUGUGGGUCAUCAUGAAGUUCUUGAUCGACGUCCUUCAUGCAAAUCUUCUGUCGAGGGUGAUGCUGAUGAAGACUACUUGGAAAUAGAGGAAGAUCCUGAAGAUCUUGUGGAUCAUACCCUAGGAGGCGUUGAAGUAAGAGGAAGCACGACCGGCAACUGUAGAAGUCAAGAAGAUCAAGACGAAAGAAGAAGCGCCAGCAAAACAUCAAGAAGAUCAAGUAGCACACCCGGAGGGACGACGCCUGGAAACAGCAGUGGGGCCAGUGGAAGUACAGCACCAGCACGAUGGGGUUGGGGAAAUUUAGUGCUAGUGUAGAAACGUUACUACUUCAUCAUGUAGUUCUACAUCUUGACCGAAGUUUGUUGCAAAAAGUUCGUUAUAAAAACACCUCAAUUGAAGAAUCCUGCCAUUGAUCAUUCAAUUUUCGCCUACUCCUCGAACAAAUUGCACUUGAUACAUGCCAAAUUUUUCUAGCACCUCCAUAUCUCAACACUCAUGAGUUUCGUCUACUUACGCUGAGUACAAGGAUUCUCGUUCUUUCUCCUCCAUGUUUAUGAAGCUGAUAUUUUAUGUUUGCAGAACGGGUGUAAUUGUAUCGCAUGAACAAAAAACACCACGCGACAAGGAAGAGAAAGCGACUCCAGUUUGUUGCACUUAUAAUUUUUGACGAGGCCCGUGCCCGUAGCAGACGGACUAUGACUAUGG